ACCCUUACCUAUCAAAGCACCUCAGACAUGCAGGAGGAAGAAACAUACACCUCUCUUCAGUGGGAUAAUCCAACACCAAACCCUUACCAGAAACAUCUGUCUUCCACCAAAAAUUCAGGAACAUGGUGUCUUGUGACGGUGGUUUUAUGUAUCUUCUGCAUAGGCUCAUUAGCAACCUCCAUUUUCUUGGGUGUCAAGUUGUUCCAGGUGUCCACUACUGCAAUGAAGCAGCAACAAAAACUCAUCCAACAGGACAGAGCACUGCUCAAUUUCACACAGUGGAAGAGAAACCAUGGCCUGCAGAUGAAAUAUUGCCAAAUGUUAAUGCAGAAGUCUUUCAGUUCAGCCCAUAACUGCAGCCCUUGUCCAGACAACUGGAUUCGCAAUGGAGAAAGUUGUUACCGUGUCUUUGAAAGCUGGACAAUUUGGCACACCAGUAGAGAGGAUUGUUUGAAGCAGGGAUCUAAGCUUCUACAAAUAGACAGCAAAGAAGAACUGGACUUUAUCACUGGCAGCCUGAGGAAGAUCAAAAGAAACGAUGAUUACUGGGUGGGACUGUCUCAGGAUGGGUCCAGCCAACCUUGGCUUUGGCAAGACGGCUCCUCUCCUUCCCCUGAUCUGUCACCAAUACAGGGACCCCAAUCAACUAACCAGGUCUGUGGAUACCUCGGAAACGACGGCCUUUCUUCCGCUGACUGCAGCACUUGGAAAUAUUUCAUCUGUGAGAAAUACGCGUUAAGAUCUUCUACCUGAAAGAAAGUUUGCUUGAAGUGAUUGCUCCAUUAUGGUAAUACCUGCAACAGAUCAUUGGAAAACCUGUAACAAUGAGUUUAAGAGUCAGCGCAGAAGUAAACCAGUGCAAGGGUUGUGAAACCAGCUACCCAAGACACAAAACCUAUCUUGCAUUUACACUUGGUAAUAUUCCUCAACAUUUUCCAGAUGUUCCUUUGACAUUGUUCAAAUUAAUUACCGAGAAUAAAAUUGGUUUAGAGCAACAGAGGACAAAACCCUAAAGAGUGGAAAACAAGCUGAAGAAAAAUCAUUUCUAUUUGUCAUUUUUUUUCUUCCUCUCUCUCUCUCUCUCUCUCUCUUUUUAACUUAGAGUGACCGUGAACUCGACAGAAAAAUCUAUAAGUCACUGGGGAGAUGAUGCAGUUUUAGCUGACUGAUACUGUUUUUAAUAAAUGAAUAAAUGUGAUCUUUUAAACUCA